UGUAUUUUAUAUACGGAAGGUGCCAGCAAUAAAAAGUAGCAGUGCAAAGAUGGAGGAGUGUAAGCCCACAGAGAUCAGCAGCUCAAAGAUGUUCGAAGGGUACAACAAGAGGUACAAGCACUUCAGUACUAUUCUCGGCUGCUCCAUGACCUUCCACAUCUAUUUCCCUCCUUCUCCUUCUCCUUCCCACAAAUUCCCCGUUCUUUACUGGCUCUCUGGCCUCACCUGUACGGACGAGAAUUUCAUAAUCAAAUCAGGAGCUCAGCGUGCUGCCGCAAAGGAGGGUAUUGCUUUGAUUGCCCCUGAUACAUCUCCUAGAGGCUUGUCUAUUGAAGGAGAAGCAGAGAGCUGGGAUUUUGGUGUAGAUGUUAAAUACCUAAUGCUAAAUUGUUUUUCAUAUAUCUUCCCAGUUAACAAAUCAGUUAAAAUAAGGGACAUGUCUUGCAGCGACUUAUUGCAUGCAAUACAUAAUAGACAAGCUUGGCAUGGUGCUGGAUUUUAUCUCAAUGCUACCCAGGAGAAAUGGAAGAACUGGCGUAUGUAUGAUUAUGUUGUGAAGGAGUUGCCCAAACUUCUAAACGAAAAUUUUCCACAGCUUGAUACAUUGCGGGCAUCUAUAUCUGGUCACUCAAUGGGUGGACAUGGAGCUUUGACAAUCUACCUGAGAAACCUAGACAAAUAUAAGUCAGUGUCUGCCUUCUCACCAAUUGCAAAUCCUACCAACUGUCCAUGGGGCCAGAAAGCUUUCUCAAAUUAUCUAGGUGGCAAUAAAACUGACUGGGAGGAAUAUGAUGCCACAUGCCUAGUUAAGAAGGUGAAGGAUGUGUCAGCCACCAUUUUAAUUGAUCAGGGAGAGGAUGACAAAUUCUUGAAUGAUCAGUUGCUGCCACACAAGUUUGCAGAGGCAUGCAGCAGUGCUAAAGUUCCACUUCUACUGCGUAGCCAGCCCGGUUAUGAUCACUCAUACUACUUCAUUUCUACCUUCAUAGACGAUCACAUCAGUCACCAUGCUCAAGCUGUUAAACUGCCUCCUCAACCAUGAAGGUUGUGCUUGUUAUGAAUCUAGAACCUGAGAAAGCUUAAAGAACUUUGGAUCAUAUCUGCUUCCUGUACUCUUAUAUUUGGUUCCUGUGACGAUGCAUGAUUUUCAGAACAAUGUAUUUCCAUGUCAUCUGCAGUCUGUGUCAUGUAAUAAUGAGUCUAAAUGGUGAAAUUUUCUAAUGUUUAUAAUGAAUGGCAUUAUCCUGGAGCAUUUUUUUCAUAAUGAGAACGGAGGAUUCAAGCUU